AUUGUUUUUUUUUUUUUUUUCCCCAGUAGUAACAAUUGGAUCCUACUAAUGGGCGGACUCGAUUGAUUGGAAAAAGGUCCUUAUGAGCAUGCGUUUUGGUUAUGUCUAUGACAUGCUCCGAAUUAUCAAUUAUCAUCAUGAUUCUGCGUGCUAGAAAAUCGAUUAAUGCACCAGGUGUGACUAAGAAAUGCUUUCCGAAUAGGAUAGAGUAGUUUUUGUCUCUAUCCAUGUCGAGAGGGAACACGAAGGGUAAACCCACUUGGUUGGGUUUUAGUUUAGUGAAACUCCACCCAUGUUGACCCAUUGCCAUAUGUCAUUAACCAGUUUGUCUAAAUAACUCGAAUUGUUGGAAAAAUGUUACGUUGGAUCUUAUAACACACUCUAACACGCCCUUCAAACGAAAGCCAGCUCACGGGCUUGAAGGUUGCAAAAGCCCUCCAUACCUUGUGCUUUUAAUCAACUGUUAAUAAACGAGGGUCAUGUAGAUUCGAACACACGACCACUUGGUCAAACCAACUCUAAUACCAUGUCAUAAACCAGUUAGUCCCAAUAACCCGAGUUGUUAGAGAAAAAGUUAUGUUGGAUCUUAUAGCACACUCUAACACCAUCCCCAUUUAAGAACGAAAAACUGUGUUGUCUGCCAUCUUUAUUUCAGUGAUCUCCUUCUUUAGACUAUUGAUACCUAGUUCUUCACAAAUGUAAUGUGGCAUCGCAUCAAGGCUAGCCCCAAUGUCUAUGAGUGCAUCCGUUAUAUGAAGUUCAUUUAGGAGACUUCUGUAGUACUGUAAGUUCGCAUAUGGGGAGGUAUGUUCACCAUUGUAGCUUUGUAGAGUGCUCGUACUCUUGUUUGAGAAGCUUUCGUGUGCCUUCCGUUGGAUCAGUCAUCUUAACGAUCGAACCUUGCCUGCGAGUUGACCCGCGGGUCGACCCACUUUAACCCUGACCCAGUGAGAAAACGGGUCGUACGCACUCGCUGAGUCGACCGCUACAAGGUAUCGGAUUGGAGGUCAAAUUGUUUCAUUUUUUUCUUUGGUUUGCGAAAUGCGCCUAUUUUUCAAUUUUUCUUCACCUAACUCAAUCUUUGGAAUCCUUAGUUGAACAUUUGAAUAUUGAUGUUAUAUAAGUGUGUGUGAAUUUUCACUAUAUGUUGGAUCUAAGUACAACAUGUUACUUUGGUGUAAUGUUAUAUGUUAAUACUCAUAUGUUAGAUGAGAUUUUAUAUAAUUUAUCAGGGUUAUUACAAUAUAAUGACUCUUUCAAUAUUUCCGGGCUAAAACGAGCCGAAAUGGGUGACCCGUUAACCCUUGACCCACUAGCUCGACCGGGUCCGGAUCAACUUGCGGGUUGACAACCUUGAACGAUAGCCUUAAGAACAAGUAUCACAACUUCUCUUCCUCCCAAUGCUGCGAUAAACUCAUUCAUGACAAUUUGGAAUGUGAAACUAAAGUGUCUUAAGGAGGCAGAAAAAUGGUACUCCUGCUGCCAAAUUAUGAAAAAUUAUGUUAGGAUCGUAAGAUCCUUCUGAGGCAGAGUUGUGGCUCUCGUCCUACUCCAUAAUGGUUUUCCUCCCUUUAUGGUAAAUUUUUUUUCUUACCUUGAGGAUUUGGAGGAGUCAUGACAUUGUUUAGAGAGGAUUCCCUUUUCUUGUGAGGUAAGGAGUUCUUCUCUAUCUUCCUUUCCAAUAGAAAAAGGGUCCUUUCAUUUUGUGUGUGUAUGGAGAGACGAUACCUUUAUUCGUGGUAAGGAGGUGUUGGAUGCUCUCUGUAGGAGUGGUCUUGAUAAGAACUCUUCUUAUCUACGUUUUUAGAAUUUAUUCGACUCGAAGCGAAACUGGCUAAUCGAUCGACUAAAUUGGCUGCCAUUUUUGGUCUUAUAUGGACAUGGAUCCUGCCAUUUUUGUAUUAUGACACUGUAGCACAUGAACUUUCAUAUUUUUCUUAUUGGUCUAAUGUUUAGAUGCCAUCUGAAUAUAUGAUCUAAUCCACCAAUACAUUUAGUCAAAUCCAUGAAUUCAUGAAUCUGUUUGAUUCAUAGUUUCAUCAGUUCAUUAAUCAAGCAAUUCAUGAAUCCAAUCUAAUGUCACCUCUAAAUUUUUUUUCUUCUUAUAUAAGUAGCGUAACAAUAACAUAAGAUAGGUUAAAACACGUAACGAAACUCUACGAUCGACAAAUAGUCGAAAUGAGAGGGGUUGCUUCGCCACUAAAUGAAGAACUGACAACGUCAAAAUCUUAUAACUGGUGCAAGUGGGCGAACGUGGAGAUGUUUCCUUUUCAGUGCAGAUAAACUUAAAAUCGCCAUACUUACUCCUCCUCCAAUCAAAUGCCUUGGGGUCGUCCCCUCCAUUAAUUAUCACAACCAGCCCGCAUACCUAAAUUACGUGUCCUAGCAACCAUACUGUAUAUAGUCGUAGGUGGAGGGAGACUGUUUUGUUUUGGCAUUGUCACAGUCUCACAGGAAAACAGUAUUGUUUUGGGGGAAAAAAAAACUUAUAUACUCUCAAUCUCUCAUAUAGCUUAUACAAAGAAUUGAACCAUUUAUGUUGAAAUUUUCGAAGACUGUGAUUUUUUUUUUUUGUCAUCAUAUUGACAAAAUAAAAAUUAGUUUAUUACAUUGCAAACCAAAUUCACAAUUGGAAUAAAUUGUUGAUCCGAUCUAUUUUCAUAUUGCCGAUGAGAGAUAUUCUUUAUUGAAAAGCAAUUGAUGAAUCGUCUCCAAUAAUGGUGGAGACAAAAAUGCAUAUACCAGUCAUAUUCGUCGGUUUAUUAUUUGCUUCUGAAUGUAGUUUUGAUUCUAACAUUCGUGACACCAAAUAUAUUUUGUAGUUUCGAUUGUACUAUUCGGGGUUUUUUUUAAUAUAUGAAUAAAUUAUUUGGAUACUAUUAUUCGUUAAUUAUAUUUAAUAAAUAAUUUUAGUUUAUUUAUAAUCCCAAAAAGAGUACGCUAGGAAUGGCAAUGGGGCAGGUCCGGGGUGGGUUUCUUGGUACCCAGACCCGCCCUGUGGCAAGUCGGGUCCAGGUCGGGACAGGUCGACCCAAUUGGUAUGUAAUUUAUAUGAAAAAUAUUAGAAAUAUUCGUUAUUUUUAUUAUAAGACUAAGAAAACAAACAAUAUUAUGACAAUUGUAGUUAAAUUAUUGGAGAAAUUGAGGUUUUUACUAAUUUACAACUUUAUUAUAGCUAAAAUAUGAUGCAAUAAAAGGAAAAUUCUAAGUAAUUUGACUAAGAUUACAUGUAAUUUAGACAAGAACGGGCCGAGAAUGGGGCGGGUCAGGGGAGGUCGGGUCGAUGAGACUACCCAUGCCCGCCCCGCCCCGCCUACGAGGCGGAUCUGAUCCACCCCAAAUCAGGUCAAACAGGUCGGGUAAAACGGGUCAGGUCGAAAUUGCCAUGCAAGUAAUUUUAAAUCCUGUUUCUGCCGCGGUGUACAGUGUACUGCCGACACAAAUUCAUUCAAUAUCACCCUCCCAACCAUCAACCGUUUACUACCCACCACCAGUCUCGUUUACAUGCAUGUAAUUUAAUUUCCCCCCGCCCGCUAUAAAAAAAUCCCCACCCCGUUUACACUUUCAGUCCACACACUCCAUUAUCUAACUCACCACUCAAAGCAAAGAAGAAGAAGAAGAAAAAAAAAUACUCUAGAAUCUCUCUUUCCUAUCAUGGCCGCUACCAAGAUUCAGGUUCUCGUUGCCCUAAUGGCGGUGGCGAUGGUGGCGAGCGCGCAGCUGGCCGAAGGAGCCGUGACUUGCGGCCAGGUCACGUCCAGCCUGGCACCGUGCCUCGGUUACCUCACGGGCAGGGGCGGCGUGACGCCCGGCUGCUGCAGCGGGAUCAGGAACCUCAACGGCGCCGCCAGAUCCACCCCGGACCGGCAGCAGGCCUGCCGCUGCCUGAAGAACCUCGCCGGCAGCGUCAGGGGCGUCAACAUGGGCAACGCAGCCGGCCUCCCGGGGAAGUGCGGCGUCAACGUCGGCUUCCCCAUCAGCAACUCCGUCGACUGCAACAGGGUCAGGUAAUUAUUCGGAUCGAGGAAGCAGGAUUGACGCGUGGUCCAAGCUAAUUAAGUAGUUUAUUAAAGUUGGAUUGCGCAGAAGAAUAAAAGGGAAUGUUGUUUGUUUGUUUGUUUGUGUAGGACUACGUACUGUGUAGUGCUACACGGCAUCAGUCCGUGUGUAAUGUUUAAUAUUCUGUAUUAUUUUCUGCGUUAUGUUGUGUUAAGGAAUGCUCCAACUAGAAUCAAGAUGAUUAUGCUAAUUAAUAAUGAUUCAAAUGAAUAUGUCUUGGUGUUAAGAAAGCGCAAUGUGCUCGAACGAGAAUAAUCCAUAAUUCAAUAUCUAAUUAUGAGUACGAUAACAAUUUUUUUUGUACAUAAGUCGAUUUUAAUUGGACAAUACGUAACAGUAAGACAAUAAUCAAGAAAAAACUAUAAAUGCAGAAGAAGAAGAAGAAGGAGGAAAAAAAAACCUCAUUUCAAAAUUUUAUAACGUCUCAUUGUAAUGUUCGGUUGCUAAUCUCACAUAUUAAUUAACUUCAAGGUAUUUAAGAGACAUUCAUUCAUUUGUCUUUGCUUUUCAACGCGCUGGAAAACGACAUACUAAUAAAAUAAGAAAACAAAGGGCAAAUACUAAUUAAAUAAAAAGAAGAAAUUAACACAACAGCUCUUUAAUUACUGCCUAUCGAAUUUCUCACUGCCUAAAUUAUUGCAUAUAGGUGGGUGCAACGUUUGGUCACUGCUAAGCACAUAUACACAGAUUAAUUGAACGCCUGAAAUAGUUUUUGAACUCUAAAUCAUACAUGAGCAUCAAAUUCUACCGACCAACAGGUCGGACCCUAAUAUAGUUAUACUAUAAAAUCAAUUUAAUAUACUAUAAGCAUUAGAAACAUUGAUUUAUUUAUUAUAAAAAUUACAAAACAACUAUAAUAUGAUAAAUAUAGUUAAAUUAUUCAAAAAUUAGGGUAUCACUUAUCUACAACUUUAUUAUACCUAAAAUAUGAGGCAGUAAACAUAAAAUCUUAAGUAAUUUGAGUAAAAUCACAUGUAUUUUAUCUAGUCGAGAACAAGAAUGGCCAGAACGAAUUAAAUUUAGCUAAAAUGCGGAUAUUACCCAUCCCAAAAUGGAUUAAACAAAUCAAAUAAAAUGAAUGAGAUCGAAGUUGUCAUCUACUUAAACUGAGUUAAACACUACUAACCAUAAUUCCCCCCCCCCCCCCCCACCCCCCAAUAAUAACCAUUUUGAGUUGGAUGCAUUACCAACACAAAAAUAGUAAUUUUUGCCAUGUUGUUUUCCAACCCUCCGUAACGUCAACUGGGGCUGGCUAUUUGGUCCCGGACUGUUUGGUUUUACCCGAAACCGGACCGUAUAACCCGGACUGGGACCGGAUAGCAAACAAUGCAAUCUCAUAUUCGGGCUUAAAUUUAAGGUAAAAAACCGGAUAAAGACCGGAUAAGAGA